AUGAAAACAUUAACGGUUAUUACUGAGCAUUCUUUUUCCAGUUUACUGGAAUUUGCUUCUAACAACGAUAUUGAAGGAUUUAAGCUGCUUUUAGAUAAAGAUGGGGCUUCUUCAAUUAAUGAGGCAGGGAUUUGGUACGGUCGGCAAAAUGGGUCCAAGAAGAUUGUUAUGGAUUAUAAAACUCCUUUGAUGGUUGCUGCUGCUUAUGGUAGUAUUGAUGUUAUGAAACUUAUACUCUCGUAUCCGGAAGCCGAUGUGAAUUUUGCUUGUGGGGUGAAUAAAAGCACUGCCCUUCACUGUGCUGCUUCUGGUGGGUCUGUUAAUGUUGUUGAUGCUGUUAGGUUUCUUAUAACAGCGGGUGCCGAUGUUAGUUAUGUUGAUGCCAAUGGAAAUCUUCCUGUUGAUGUCAUUGUUGUUCCUCCCAUGCUGCAAAGCAUGAAAGCGGUUCUCGAGGAACUUCUUUUGGAUAAUGGUUUUGAUAAUGGCUCUGUGGGUGAGUUUUUUGGUCCGGUGUCUGUUGAUGCUUCUAGUCUUGGUUCACUUGAAAAUGGGAUGCCGUUGCCAUACUCUCCUUCAGUGUCACCACCUUCUCCAGUGGCGGAUUUGAAGUUUACUGAGAAGAAAGAGUAUAUAGUUGAUCCAUCAAUUCCUGAUAUAAACAACAGCAUAUAUGCAAGUGAUGAAUUUCGGAUGUUUUCUUUCAAGGUCCGUCCUUGUUCUCGUGCGUAUUCUCAUGAUUGGACUGAGUGUCCGUUUGUUCAUCCGGGAGAGAAUGCUCGGAGGAGAGACCCUAGGAAGUUUCAUUACAGCUGCGUGCCUUGCCCAGAAUUUAGGAAAGGGACUUGUAGGCGUGGAGAUAUGUGUGAAUAUGCUCACGGAGUAUUUGAGUGCUGGCUGCACCCAGCUCAGUAUCGAACACGCCUCUGUAAAGAUGGCACUAGUUGUAAUAGAAGGGUGUGUUUUUUUGCACACAUUGCAGAGGAAUUGAGGCCAUUGUAUCCGUCAACUGGAUCUGCGGUUCCUUCACCACGUUCAUCUGGAUCUGCUCUUAAUGUGAUGGACAUGGCUGCUGCGAUGAACCUUUUGCCUGGUUCACCCUCAUCAGUCUCUUCCAUGUCUCCUCAUUUUGCCCAGCCAAUGCCCCCUUCUGGGAAUGGCAUCUCAUUUUCAAGUGCUGCUUGGGGACAGCAAAAUGUUCCAGCUCUUCAUUUACCAGGAAACAAUCUUCAAUCUAGUCGAUUGAGAUCUUCUUUUAGUGCUCGCGACAUUCCGCCUGAAGACUUCAGUGUGCUUAGCGAUUUUGAUGGCCAACAUCACCUUAUGAAUGACUUGAGCUGUUUUCCGCAGCCCCAUCCUGGCUCUUGUCGGUCUAAAGCACUAACACCAUCAAAUCUUGAAGAGCUCUUUUCUGCCGAGAUUUUGUCAUCUCCCCGAUAUUCUGACCCACCAAUGCCUUCUGUUUUUUCCCCCUCACAUAAAUCAGCUGCUAUGAAUCAGUUUAAACAGCAUCAAAAUAUGUUAUCGCCUAUAAAUACUAACAUGCUAUGUCCUAAAAAUGUUGAGCAUCCUCUGUUACAGGCUUCAUUUGGUGUCCCUUCUUUGGGUAGGAUGUCACCUAGAAAUGUUGAACCAAUCUCCCCAAUGAGCCCUCGAAUGUCUGCAUUUGCUCAUCGCGAGAAACAACAGCUGCGGAGUAUUAGUUCUAGGGACCUUGGUCCAGUAAGUAUUGAACCAAUGUCCCCAAUGAGCCCUCGAGUGUCUACAUUUGUUCAUCAUGAGAAACAACAGCAACAGCUGCGGAGUAUUAGUUCCAGGGACCUUGGUUCCAACAUUCCUGCCUUAGUUAAUGGAUCCCCUACAUGGUCUAAGUGGGGAUCUCCCAAUGGGUUGGCUGAUUGGUCGGUAAAUGGAGACGGUCUAAGUUGCUCAAUGCGCAGUGCAUCCUCAUUUGAACAUAAAAUCAAUGGGGAACAAGAGCCUAAUCUAUCAUGGGUCCAAUCACUUGUGAAGGAUUCAUCACCUGAGAUGAUUAAAGAGAAGUUUGCAUCUUCUGGCCCUAUUGCAUCCGGUGAUGAAUUGAAUUCCAAUUCACAAAUUGAAUCUAUUGAUCAUUCUGUUUUAGGAGCUUGGCUUGAGCAAAUGAAACUGGAUCGGCUUGUAGUCUAA